AUGUCAUCGAGAAUUCUUAAGGUAGCUUUUGUACAUCCCGAUCUCGGUAUAGGAGGGGCAGAACGUCUCGUUGUCGACGCUGCUGUCGGUUUGAAAGUCAAAGGUCACAAUGUAGUUAUUUAUACUUCUCAUCACGAUCGUGACCAUUGUUUUGAGGAAACCAAAGAUGGUUCACUUGAAAUUAGAGUACGCGGAAAUAAUAUUAUUCCACGUACCUUUUUUGGAUCUUUUUACAUUAUAUGUGCAAUUUUACGACAAUUACAACUUACCGCUUCUUUGAUUUUGAGAGAUAAAGACCAAUUCGAUGUUAUAUUUGUUGAUCAAUUAUCUGCUAGUAUUCCAUUUUUAAGAUUGACUGGUGCAAAAGUAAUUUAUAUUCUCUCAUAUAAUACAUGGAUUACAUUACUGUCUUAG